CCCAGAAAAUGCAAUUUCUCUUUUUUUUUAGACCCCAAUCCCCGUUGACGUCACAUUGACUGGGACUCCAUGGAAGAUAUCUGCAUCCACAUGUAGAACCCCCGAACCUCUGUAAACCAUCCUUCUUGUGUUUACCUCAAAUCCCUAAUCAGCUUACUUCCUUACGCUUGAAUACACCCUUUUGCUUUCUUUGAUUAAAAAACCUGUUACGCUUAUCCAAUUCACUCUCAAAACUGCAUCGCCCCCCUAAAAGGGUUUUCUGAGCACUCAAUUUUAAAAAUUCGGGGAUAAUGUUGGUGUCACAUAUGGAAUCAAAGGGACAAAGAUGGCCGAAUGUAAGAUUAGGAGAAAUCGGAGAUGUAUCUGCUGCUUUUAAUUAUGGGAUUUCUGACAUGAUGAUGAACAACUUAUGGUUGUAUGAUUUUAACAUACUCGAAGAACCACAAAACGAUCAAAUUGCUGUGUUCCCUGAGCAACCAUCAUCCGAGUUUACAGUUUCUGAUCCUGAUUUAUCCUUAAAGUUUGUGGUCGAUACGCAGCACAACAGAGAGAAUGAUGAUCCCAACUCCAUGAAAGCCCCCUCUGGAUAUGGCACAAAUAAUGAGAUGGAAAUGAGUGAACCUAAAACGACCCAGAAGUGCAUAAAAGGGCCACGGAGCAAAAGAUGCAAGCGAACUGUUUUUGAAGGUCCAUGGAAGUUCAAGGCCCUUUCUGCGGAUCUUUAUGGCUCAACUGAUAAUCAAGGGUCUGCUAUGAGCAAAAGAACUUUUGGGAAUGAUGUCAAUGAACCCACUUUCAAGAUCCAGAAGGGUGGUAAUUUUGAAAACAAUGAUCUCAUUUCGGAAUCCAGUGGUAGGUAUAAUGAUGUAGGUGUAAAUAGUGUUGGUAGAUGGUUGGAAGAUGUGGGGUUUGGUAGAUAUGCAGGUGUGUUUGAAAUGCACGAGGUCGAUGAAGAAGUGUUGCCUUUGCUUACUUUUGAUGAUCUGAAAGAGAUGGGCGUUCUUGCUGUCGGGCCUCGAAGGAAACUGUAUGCUGCAAUAUGUGGACUGAAGGCCAGAUGCAACAACUAACAAGCAAAGUCCAUAUAUGUUAAUGUAAGUAGUUUGAACUUUCAACAUGUUGUUUUGAAUAGCUUUUGGUUCGACUGCUGAAAGUUGUGUUUUAGAUAAGAGAUAGGGUCAACAUGAUCUUUUUGAUAAGGGUUUUAAUCAAGCUUGUAAAUUUUGUGCCC